CGGAAACACUUCUGGCAUGCAGAAAGGCGGAUCCCUCUCGGCUACUUUGCCUUUCAGAACUUCUUUUGAGCUUAUUUUUACCUGCCAUUCCUCGGGGGGGUUACGCCAAAUCCAACAAAAAUAGCUUUCUUAGGUAUUAAAAGGAGGUUUUUAUUCAGUCGAGUCCUACAACCGUCCUCACCCGCGACGACAGGAAGAGUUUUUUUCAGCUAUAGCAAGCUAACUUUUAACGCACUAGCAUUUAACUUGACAACUGCCUGCAGCAGGGAAGCAGCAUCACCUGAGCCAAACACAGGAAGAUGGGAGAUUUGGUGUGGGCAUUGAAGACCGGGGACCUGGAUGAGGUGGAAGCCAAACUGGUAACGGCCGACGAUGUAAACCGGACCCUGGAAGGUGGGAGGAAGCCUCUGCACUAUGCUGCAGACUUUGGUCAGACAGAUGUGGUGAAGUACCUCAUUUCUAAGGGAGCAGAUAUUAAUGCUCCAGACAAACACGGGCUCACUCCACUGAUCUCUGCCUGUUUCGAGGGUCACGCCUCCUGUGUCAAGGUCCUGCUAGAAAAGGGAGCUGACAAAGACCGAAAAGGACCGGACGGCAUCAGUGCCUUUGAAGCUGCCGAGGACGCUGCUAUAAAGGCUCUGCUCAAGUGAGACACCACAGUGUGGGGGGUGGCUGGACAGGUGGGUGAACGAACGGACAGACAGAUGGAUGCAGUGGUCCCCUGACGGAAGAUGGACUUGCCCCUUUUUACCCCGAUCAGCAUCUGUCUUAACACUGCUUUUGUCUGUUUGUUAGAGGGUCAUUUGUCUGUCUGGUGAUUUUCCUUUACCAUGUUUAUUUUUCUUUUCUUUCCCCCAAGUUUGUUGGGAUAGGAUUCUCUUGUUCUGGCCUCUGUUUGUAGCCAUUUAACAGCAGGACUUGUCAACUAUGUCUCCCUUAGGGACCAAACACUGGGGGAGCGCUCUUGCAUCUGGAUCCUAAAAUCACUGCUCUGAAUAGAACUCACUCUGUAAUGUAAACGCAAAGCUUGGCACUUAAAUACACCUCAUUUGCAGUUCUCUCUUGGAAAUCAAAUGGUAAUAGAUUAAUAGUGUGUUAACAUUUUGUACAACUUCACUAUAAGUAUUGUAUGGCCAGGAAUUAAUCUCAUGAAAUAUACAGUAAUUGCACUGUACUACACUAGAUCGGUUGAAAAGAAACGUAAGGUUGAAUUAUAUUUACCUUUCAUUAUUUGUGGCCUCUUCCUCCACCGUGAUUUCUUUUUUUUAAUAGACUUCCUCCAAUCAUGAAAUUUCGGAAACGUUGGCUGAGAGAGAGGUCCUGGGGUCAAAUUUUCCUUUUCUACUUGGCAUAUCACUUACAUAUCAAACAGUGUUUUUGACCAAUCAUUGCGUUGGUAAUGCAUAAACUAUAUUCUGUACUCCUUGACGAAUCACCAUGCUGGUUAACUAGAAAGACUUGAAUGUUUCAAUUUUAAAAUCUGUUACUGAAUCCCUUUUUUCGAAGCAACAUUAACGGCACAAAAUAGAAUAAGGAAUUCUAGAAAUUUGUUGAUUUUUGGUCACCCCUGGAGUGAGAUGUCAGAGUGAUAAUUCCUUUUUUUGUUGCAGCUUCUCUGUGUGUUUUGUAAUUGAUGGGCUCUGGGGGCUCUGUGUGAUGUGUUCAUCGGGGUGAGAGUUGGAACUGGAUGGUUGGGGGCUGUUGGCGUUCCCCUUGCCUUGGAUUUGGUUAGAAGCCCUGCCUGUUUCGCUGCAUGUCAAAACUGCCUCUGCUUUUCUGCUAUGAAAUGGUCGCUGGUCCUCACUUGGUUGCUUUCAAAAAUGAAUUACUACUAUGUAAUGGACAAAAAAAAAAAAGAAAAAAAGAUGCUCUUUCUGACUUUGUUGUGACAAAAAGUCUGUAAAAACAGAAAUAAAAAUAUCUAUAAAACA